ACUAAACGGCGCGUACCCCUAGUUUACUCAAUUUGGGAGUUUCUUAACUACGCCGAGGUUUUUGGUGCUAAGUGGCUGAAAAUGGGUAUCCUUAUGUAAAAUUGACCAAGGAACAAGAAUAUGGCCACAGAUUUGACCUCCGACCAAUAUCUUGAGAAAUAUGUACAGAAAAUGACCAAAUUUUACCGAAAAUACCCAAAUCUUGGGGAAACGGCCCAAAAAAAAAAUUUUUUCACCAUCCGUUGGCACUAUCUUGUAGAAAAAGAGUCAAUAAAGCGAAUGAGCACACGCCCAGGUUUCUAGCUUCAACCGUUUAGAAGCUAUAGGGCUUCAAAGUUGGAGCUUUUUCCAGGGGGGGCUGAAAAGCGGCACUUUUGACCUCGUCACUUAAUGCCCGGCCCCUGCACCUUAUAAGCAGUGUUCCUUGCGUCCAAAGAGUGGUCGGCGCGGGCAGUGGGAGUUGAGAAGGUGGCGAGGCGGCACAGCGGUUCUGUGCAGCGUCCCCUUUCAGGGCGCCUGAACAGCUGAGGGUAGGCAAGCCCGCCCAACAACGCCUGGUAGGUAGGCCACCCAACGCGCUGGUUUGCCGGGGGGAAUGCCACUCGGCGUCGGUCUCAAGCUGUCAACCUUCGGGAAGGUUCGGAAGCCCUUCGGAUUCGGUCGGCUGGCUGGACGGCUGUGUCAUCGUCCCCCCCCCCUCCCCCCUUUUCCUGUUUUCCACUGUCAACGCAAUAUUGUAGACAGUGGCAGGCAGACCUGACCUGCGUGCUUUUUUUGAUAGUCGUAGUGAGGGUGUUGUGGUUUUGUGACGGUCGCUCGCCGAAGCUUGUUUCGGCCCGUUUGGACUUGUUUACCGUCCAGAGAGUCGUGUAUGUCAAGAUGGCACCUCCAGUUUUUGCAAAGAAAGUGUGCUGUGACCCUUAUCAGAAGCAUAGGAAGCCAGUAACUCUUAAUUUGAGAGUUAUUGUUGCAUUCGACAAGGAGAAGAACCCUGGACUGAUUGUUGGAUCUUAUAUUUGUGACAACUGUCGAAAAAUUUCAGAAGGUCUUGACUGUAGUUCUAUAGAAUUACCAAAGAAACAUCAUGGGCCCUCAGGAAGCGGGCAAAGUUCCAACUCUGGCCAGAGCCAGCCCAAGGAUGUAUGCUGCAAUCCAUUCAAAUUGCACUCGAAUGCAAUUUACAAGGGUCUGAGACGAAUUAAUGAUUCUGAUAGGAUACGUUGUGAAAAGCUGAAUUGGAAUGUUGGUCAAUUUUGGUGUGACACCUGCCGCAAGCAUGAUUCAAGUUCUGCCCAAUCAAAAACAUCUGUGGGAUCAGAUGAUAAUAUAGAAGAAUUUGAUGAAACAUCAAUCAAAGAUUUGGGAUUGGCAGAUCUAUUUGCAGAAAUUUCUGGAGAACUGGCUGCAGAGAAGAGUGAGCCUAACAGCCAAGAAAUUGUCGCUGUUGCUGGUACAAGCCAGUCCAGUGAUUCAUGCUCUCCAACGUUGAGUCCUGUGGUGCGAACUGAAUCUUCUAAGCGGAAAUUGACAUCAUUGGGUGUGGGACCACUAGUACUCACCGGAGUCAAGUCACAAGCAGGAAUAGCUGCUGUGACUAAAAGAAAGAUUGAUGAAGCUAUGGACUUGGUUCAGAAGAAAGUUUGUGUGGCAGCAGGAAUCACUGUUGAAGAUUUACCUCAGCCUCCAGAAGCUAGAAAAGCCCAAGAUCACGAUCUUCUUAUGAAUGACAUCAAAGAAAAAUUACUCUCAGCCACUAGAUUUGAGAAAUACCAAUUGCUUUCGCUUGUUCCUCUUAGCUGGUCUGUCAAUGCAGCAGCCCAAUUUUUUGGUGUUGGGAGAACUCUAAUUAAGAAUACCCGAGAAUUGAGAAUUCAAAAAGGAAUAUUACCUGGGAGAGAUUUUACAAGAAAAUCAAGUGUUCUUGAUUCUACUAGACUGCUCAUUAAAGACUUCUACUGUUCAGAUGAAAACUCUAAAGCUCUACCUGGGGUGAGAGAUUGUGUAAGUGUCAGUAAAGGAGUUUACGAGCAAAAGAGAUUGCUUCUCUGUGAUGUUGCUGAACUUUACGAGUCUUUCAAAAAGGCUUACCCAGACCUCAAAGUAGGGCUUUCAACAUUUUAUGCCCUGAGGCCUAAGUGGUGUGUUUUUGCUGGCGGAGCAGGAACCCAUGAACAGUGUAUUUGCCAAACACACCAAAAUUUUAAGCUUAUUCUCUAUGCUCUGAACAUCAAGAUACAUUAUAGUGAAUUGAUAAAAUUGUGUGUUUGCAAUAUUGAAGAUAGAUGUUGCAUGCUCAAACUAUGUGAAAACUGUCCAUCAUUAGAACAAGUGCAGGAAACAAUUCGACGUCAAAUACAAGUCCCUGAGCAGUUACAGUUUGAACACGAAGAGUUUGAAUUUCUUGAAGGGACCAUCAAGUUCAGGCAAUGGAAAUCCACUGAUAAAACAGAAAUGUUGGUACAAAUUUGUAAGCGUUCUGAAUUAAUUGAACUUGCUGCAAAGAAACUCAAUGACCUGAUUCCGCACAGUUUUAUUGCGUACAGCCAGGCAUGCUAUGUGAAGAAAAUGAGAGAAGACCUUCCACAGGACAAAGUAGUUGUGAACAUGGACUUUUCAAUGAACUAUAGCUGCUUGGUACAGGGGGCUGUGCAGUCGUACCAUUGGUCUCCUAAGCAAGUUACAGUUCACCCGACUGUCAUUUAUUAAAAGGAUGUUAUGUGGCCAUAUUCUUGUUCCUUGGUCAAUUUUACAUAAGGAUACCCAUUUUCAGCCACUUAGCACCAAAAACCUCGGCGUAGUUA